AUCCGGUGUAGCCAAUAUGGCGUCGAGCAGAUGAGCAGUUCGUAAGGAUUCAGGCUCAUUGUAAAAUAAUAUUAUUUUUGGCAUCAAUAUGAAUGUGUUAAUUUUAUUAUAAUGAUAAGUUUCUUCAAAGUCAGUAGACUUCGUGUAUUUUGUUUCGAGAAAAUUAUAUUUUCUUUCCCGGAUUUCAUGUUGCUUACACGGUAAGUUAACUCCUAGCUGCCCCGACAGGCAGCCUCCGGGAGAACCUGAGAACCAUGACGGAGGUAGAGGAGCUGCGGCCCGUCCCACGGGAGCGGGCCAUUCUAGAGAGCUUCUUCACACAGCUUGGCAUGUUUUCUUUCGACCGAGCCAAGGAUUAUGUGGAGAAAGAGAAGGACAUCAGCAAGAGCGCCGGGGCCAUAUGGUGCGCGCUGCUAGCUGCUCUGGCUCACCUGGCCGCCGCUGAAAAGGUGUACCACAACAUGACAUUCCUCGGACAGAAGAUAGGCGGCCAGUCUUUCUUCAGCCGCAAAGACUCCAUCCGCACCGUCUACACCUCCCUGAACAAUGAGCUCAGAAAAGUGGCGACAGGGCGCCACAGCCAGCCAGGCUCCUCUUUGUCCUACCUGGAGGACCUGCUGUCUCACCUGUCGGAGCAGCUCUGUCACUUCACCCAGGCUCGCAUGGAGAUGGCCGACCUGUACGAGAAGCUGCACUCACUGGGCAGCCAGAAGAGCAUCAACUCAGAGGAGCUGGUCACCACGCUGGAGGCCAUCAUGCAGAAAUACAGCUCCAAGUUCCACCAUCCCAUCCUGGGCCGUGUGGAGGAGGGAUUCCAGACCGAGGUGGACGUGGUGACCCAGCUGCUACGCUGCCAGGCCCAGGUGUCGGAGUGGCACUUCCUGCCUGCCCUGCUCAGCCUGCACAGUGCCCACACUAAGCUCACCACCUGGGGUCAGCUCUUCCAGCGGCAGAAAGAGACCCGCAAGAAUCUGUUUGGUGGUCAGUCCCAGAAGACUGUGCAGCCUCCUCACCUGUACCUGUGGCUGCAGCGCUUCCAAGCAGCGCUGCUCGCCAAGUUCAGCUUCUACUUCCACGAAGCCCUGAGCCGGCAGACGGCUCCGGCUGACAUGAGAGCGCUGACUGCCCGCACCACACCGGACUACCAUGGAAAGAUCUCCACCUUCAUACGCAAACACGACGCCAGCAAUGUGUCGCUGGUGUUUGACAACCGAGGAUCAGAAAGCUUCCAGGGCCACGGGUACCACCACCCGCACUCGUACCGGGAAGCACCGAAGGGCGUGGAGCAGUUCCCCGCUGUGGUGUCGCUGCCAUCGGGAGAGCGGCCACUCACGCACUGGCCAAACGUCAUCAUGAUGAUGGGUGAUCGCGCCACUGAGCUCAACACUCUGGACAAGGUGGUGCACUUCUAUGACGAUAAAGUGCAGAGCACGUAUUACCUGACGCGACCUGAGCCACAUUUCACUCUGGUGGUGAUCUUCGACGGCAGGAAGUCAGAGAAAGACCUGCACAUCACUGCCUUCCUACAGGAGAUCUCCACCUCUCUUAGAAACUCCAAACCCUUCAGCAUCCUCAAACCAGGGUCAAAGGGCUGAGCAGCAACAAGAAGAAGAAACACAAUGAAACUCCACUCAGAUCAUCAAUUGCAGCUCGAUGCUCCUCUCGUGUAACGUAUUUUCUAAGGUCCAACUUCUGCUUGAGUUCCGUUUGAAUCUCUUAGCCAAAAAUGUUUUAGACCAAAGACUCAACCAAGAUUCAACUGACCUGUGAAUUUUUUUUACCUUCUGAUUGUUGGACUCUGACAGAACCACAAACCGAACAUCUAAAAGCCUUUAUGUAAAAUUAUUUUUAAUUAAUUUGCAUUAACUGUUUUACCAGCUUUUUAUUUGUAAAUUGCUGCACUUGAUAUAACUUAAUAAAGUUUUGGGAUGA